AUGUCGCUCUGGCUAUUAGCUGUGUUUUCUAGUGCCUCCACCACCUGUCCAUGUGCCGUGACUUUACCUUCCAGCGAGGGCUACAGACGAAGUACGGAGUUCAUCAUUACCCAGAAUCCUUUGCCUGGCUCCAUAAAGGACUUCUGGAGGAUGGUUUGGGACCACAAUGCUCAGGUUGUCAUGUCUCUGCCUGGGGCUGAGGGAUUGGUGAAGGAUGAAGCAGAACCAUGUGUCUUCUGGCCUCGCAAAGGGAAACCAAUCACUUUUGGCUCGUUCACCGUCACUCUGAGGAGUGAGAGUCACAUCUGUCUGUCCAAUGAGGACGAGUUGGUGGUCCAAAUGUACACACUAGAGUCUGCACAGGAUGACUAUGUUCUGGAGGUGAAACAUUACCGCUCGUCAUGCUGGCCAAACCCGGACAGUCCAGUCAGCCAGACCUUUGAGUUGAUCAACCUGGUAAAGGAAGAAAACUCAGACAAAGAUGGUCCAACUGUGGUCCAUGAUGAUGCGGGGGGAGUUCGAGCAGGAACGUUCUGUGCUCUGUCGUGUCUGGUGCAGCAGCUGGAUGCUGAAGGGUCCAUCGAUGUCUUCCAGGUGGCUCAGCUGAUAAACCUCAGAAGACCAGGUGUCUUCAACAAAACAGAGCAGUUCCAGUUCCUGUUUGAGGCCAUGCUGAGCCUCAUCGGGAAGCGGGAAGAGGACGACAGCAGAGCCAUUGUGGUGGGGGCUGCCACCACCGAGAGCCUUGAAUCCCUCGUCUAA